UGCCAAGUGCGCGACAAUGGCCACUGCAUCAUCACUAGAACCUCAACGCCCGUUGAUGUCGCCCAUAUAUACUCAUUCGCGCUGGGCAAGAAUCAGAAUGCGCAAACGAUUUUUUGGUCAAACCUGAGAAAUUUCUGGAACCCGCAGAGGGUGCGCAAGUGGGAAGAGGUCCUGAACAGUGCCCAAGGCACUGAGAUAUGUGCCAAUAUGUUGUCGCUGUCCGCUUCAGUCCAUCGACUUUGGGGUAUGGCCUCAUUUGCUCUGAAACCACCGGGGUACUCAACCGAUCAAAAGACACUCCGUGUCCGUUUUUUCUGGUUGCCGAAGUUUGUUUGUAGCCCGCAGGUGUCUCUCGAAGAGAGACCGUUAUUCUCGAACGAUCUCAAGGGGGGCCAGGGAAAUACGAAACUCUUUGACUGUGAUUCAGAGAAGAAAAUAGUGUCUGGUGAUGUUAUUACAAUCACGACCCCAGACCCAAAAAAGUACCCACUACCGUCCAUCGAGUUACUCGGUAUGCAGUGGGCUUUAAACCGAGUCCUGGCUAUAAGCGGGGCAGCGGACGUCUUGGACACCGCUCUUGAGGACGACGACGACGACGACGACGACGACGACGGCGGCGGCGAGCCUGUAAUGGCAACUUGUUAUUCGUCAGAACAAGAAGAGUAUUUGAAGAGGAGGACAUUGCCCCGUUGCCUCGGAGCCCCCGGCCUUCAAUGA